CACCGUUACUUUAGGACGACUUUCGCUUCCUUUUUACUUUUGUUGCCUAUGUGGUCAGGUUGUUCUGACACCAUCAAUAAACCCCCUCGAUUUUUGCAUGAUGCAAUCAUUGAUUCGCUCUUUUCGAUUUGUAGUCUGUUGCAUUUCUACCAAUACUCUUUCUUUCCGUGACAAAUUCGAUUAUGCAUUUCAGGUGUUUAUUCAAAUUACCUCAUGGCUAUCUUUCGGUCUUGUGAUGAAACUCCUAGUUUGAAGAAUUUCGCUUUCACAGUUCUCUUCCUCAGUACUCUAAUAAUUCUGGCAGGAGCUGUCACUAAGAAAGCUAUAAUUGACUGGUCACCUAAUGGAGAGCCAUUUCGUGACCCCAUGCCUGAUCAUGCCGCUUUGGUCGAACUUCAUUUACGGGAUCGAAUAGUAUUUGUUUGCGACAGCAACAUUCCAGCUGUCAUCUAUCGAGUAUCAGAGGAAUCGUUUGAUGAGUGUAAGUACGAUCUGUCAGCAGAAUGGAUUGGUGAAUGUACAGCUGGUACGAAGUACAUCAGCAUUACUCUGAGAUCCAAUUCUGCAUUUACUGUGCAAUCCGCUUACAAUGCCAAUGCCUCAUACUUCUUUACUUCUUUCUCAUCCGGAACGCACAUGGGAGUGCACGAGAAAAGUGGAGCAUUGUGUCUCAUGGGUGUCAGAAUGAUUUUGGAAGUGCGCCGUUCAUCCAAGCGCGUGCCGUUGCUUACACGCUCGUUCACAUCAGAAUUUGAUGAAAUUCAGGUUCCUGUGCAGCGUGUUAUAUAUGGAGGACGACCGUCAAGCAGAAGACCACGCCUGGAAACAUCUACAACUUCAGCUAAGAAGAGGAACAUAAUCGUUCACAAUCCGCAUGAGACCAGUGAGGAAAGUGAUUUUUGGUCCGGUUGGCCGUGGGCUCGUCACAAUUCAUAUCAGUUGAAACCAGCGGAGGAAAUUUUGCCGACGUUUGCUGAUAUACAAAGUCCUGAAUGGGAUCCAUGGUCAUCGGAAUAUUUCAACUAUAGUUCUGCGCGUAAUCCCUCCAUGCCUAUCCUCCUGUUAAGCUUGACACUCUUCUUUAUUACCUAGUAAAGUCACGCUCUUUAGUUUACCUCUUUCGACAGGUUGGGAGGGUUUAUAUCCCAGUAAGAAGUCAGUGAGUUUUUUUGGAAAUUUUUGGAAUGUUCCCAUUUUGUCCGAAGAGGAGCUGAUGAGCAAUUUUUGGUGUCGCUGAGGAAAUUGGCUGUAACACCAUAAUAAUUGUACAAAUAUCAGUG